CAGCGGCUGUGUGUUACGGCUAUAAAAAUAUUACUUAAGGUCAAUUGAAUUUCGAAACAAAACGCAAACAUGGCGCUGCUUUUAAUCGUCGCUUUAGCAGCGUUAGCUUACUGGAUAUACAAAUGGGCAACUAAAGAUCACGAUGAGUUCAUCAAGCGUGGACUGCCCUUUGAGAAACCUAUGCCAUUGCUGGGCAACAAUGCUGCAAUAGUUAUGAACAAGGCCUCGUUUCAGAAAUUGCUGGAGGCAUUCUAUCGCCGCAAUCGCCAGCACAAGCUGGUGGGUUUCUUCAACUUUCGCACGCCUAUGAUACAAGUGAACGAUCCAGAGAUAAUUAAGAAGAUCUGCGUCAAGGACUUUGAGCAUUUUCCCAAUCAUCAGUUGUUGUUUAAGACUACGGAGCGGCUGCUUACCGACAUGCUGAGCAUCAUGAAAGAUCAGCGCUGGAAGCACAUGCGGAAUACGCUGACUCCAGCUUUUACUGCUGCCAAAAUGCGCAGCAUGUUCGGCUUGAUGAAUGAAAGCUUUGCCGAAUGCAUGCAGCACUUGCAUGAGAAGGCGCAGGGUGCGGUGCGGCCAGGCGAGGGUUUCGAAUUGGAGCUGAAGGAGGUGUGCAAUAGAUUGUCCAACGAUCUGAUUGCCACCACGGCUUUCGGCUUGAAGGUCAGCUCCUAUAAGACGCCCAACAAUGAGUUCUAUCAGAUUGGACAAUCGAUUGCAUUCUUCCGCGGCAGGCAGCUCUACAAGUUUAUGCUCUCCACCACCAUUCCCUGGCUCUUUAAGCUUUUGGGCUUCCAAGUGUUUGACAAGGAUAAAACAGACUUCUUCAUACGUCUUGUUGUCGAUGCCAUGAAGCAGCGCGAGCAGCAGAAUAUAGUGCGUCCCGACAUGAUUCAACUGCUGCUGGAAGCGAAGAAAGAGUCCACCGAGAACUGGACGGAUGAUGAAAUCGUCGCGCAGUGCUUCAUUUUCUUCUUUGCCGCAUUCGAAAACAAUGCGAGCUUCAUCUGCACCACAGCCUUUGAGCUGCUCAACAAUCCCGACAUACAAGCCAAGCUCUAUGAGGAGGUCAAGCAGACGCAUGACUCACUCAAGGGCGAACAGCUGUCCUAUGAUACAGUUAUGAAGAUGAAGUAUAUGGAUAUGGUGGUGUCUGAAUCGCUUAGAAAAUGGACCUUGGCUGCUGCUACAGAUCGUGUCUGCUCUAAGGACUACACACUACGUGAUGACGAUGGCAAUGUGCAGUUUGAGUUCAAGGCUGGAGAUCUCAUUAAUAUACCCAUAGCGGGUCUACACUGGGAUGAUCGUUACUUCCCCGAACCGCUGAAGUUCAAGCCAGAACGUUUUAGCGACGAGGAAAAGGAUAACAUGGUGCCCUAUACUUAUUUGCCUUUCGGCACUGGACCACGCAAUUGCAUAGGCAAUCGUUAUGCUCUCAUGCAGGCCAAGGCCAUGCUCUAUAAUCUGCUGCUGCAAUAUCGCAUUGAACGUUCACCCAAAACAGUUAAAGACCUCAUGAGCGACUCACGUGGCUUCCAGUUAACCCCCCGAAGCGGCUACUGGGUGCACUUAGUGCCGCGUAGUUAAACAAAUGACAAGCGAUUUUUUAAUUUAAAUGUACUUUAAAAUACACAUAUAUAUAAAUUUUAUUUUGAUUAUGUUUA